GAAGAAAAAAAUGGCUGCCUUAGAAAGGGUGAAGGUGCUUGUGUUGGGUGAUUCAGGUGUGGGAAAAUCAUCACUUGUUCACCUAUUAUGUCACAAUCAGAUGUUGGGAAAUCCAUCUUGGACUGUGGGCUGCUCAGUUGAUGUCCGUAUUCAUGACUACAAAGAAGGAACUCCAGAGGAGAAGAUUUAUUUCAUUGAAUUAUGGGAUGUUGGUGGCUCUGUAGGCAGUGCUAGUAGUGUGAAAAGUACACGUCUUAUGUUCUACAAUUCAGUUAAUGGCAUAAUUUUAGUGCACGAUUUAACCAACAAAAAAUCUUCCCAAAACUUGUAUCGAUGGUCCUUGGAAGCUCUCAACAGAGAUGUGACUCCAUCUAGUGUCCUUGUGACAAAUGGAGACUAUGAUCGGGAACAGUUUGCUGAUAACCAGAUUCCACUGCUUGUCAUAGGAACAAAAUUAGACCAAAUCCCAGAGACAAAACGCAAUGAGGUCUUGAGCAGAACUGCUUUUCUGGUCGAGGAUUUCAGUGCAGAAGAAAUCAAUCUGGAUUGUACAAGUCCUCGUUACCUGGCUGCAGGUUCUUCCAAUGCUGUCAAGCUCAGCAGAUUCUUUGAUAAGGUUAUAGAGAAGAGAUACUACAUAAGAGAUGGCAAUCAGAUUCCUAGCUUCUCAGAAAAAAAGAGAAUGGGAGGUGGCUUUGUAAAGAGUUUUCACUACGACUAAUCCUUUGCUGUGCCAUCUAUGGAGUGUGGAACAAUGAAAUGAAUUGCCUUGCUUUGAAUGCAGCAAUCUGGUGCUAAGCAAAAUCAGAUUCCCUCCCAAGCACAUGGACAAUGCAAAUACUUGCGAAAAUGUACCGAACUGUGUCUUCCUAGAUGUCUUUAGAGAGAAGCUGCAAUUCACAAUGCCAGGAAUAAACGGAGUAUCAAGCUUUGGUGUAGAGUAUGCUAUCUCAUAUUACAUUUUUGUUCAUUAUUAUUUAUUUGCUCUUAACAAAUUGACAAUAAUGAGUGGGAGGGUAGGAACGAGAUUCUACAGCGGUUAUACUAUCAACAUUCCCGUUUAGUCCAGCAGAUGCUAUGUCACUGAUAGCAAUCAGUGCUAAGGGACCUCACAGAAAGUAUCUGUGAAUAAUAAUGAAUGGCUCAAAGGUGAAGGAAUAGUAUUGACAAAACAAGCUUGUGAAUAAAUGAUACCGUUCAGAACUUUAAAAAUAA